CUUCGGUUGCUAAGGAACCACCGAACGCAGGUGGCAUAAAAAUGACGGUGGCAUAGUGAGAAAGCUGGUCAGUCUGGCUGGUUGAGGUGUGGAGGGGACACCACAAACCACGCCAGGAUUCUGACUAAUACAAUUUCCACUGCCCUCAGUAAAUCUCCUCAUCAGCUCCAUGUCUAUCCCUGGAUUGUAGCUACAAAUAUGGUGACGCUUAUCACAGAGCAGCUCCGAAAGCAGAGUUUGGAAGAGCCUUACUACAAGGCUUUCUCAUUUAAUGUGAAUGUGUCUUUACCUGCAGUGGGCUCUAGCCCCACUGUUUCAUGGAGUGCUUGUAGAUCAACACAAGAGACCAACUCAGCCACACACCCAUCAUCAAAAACCAACCCUCUGGAUGAUUCCUGUGGAUUAGACUCCCUGUGGCCUCCCUCCCACUCUGGAGAACAUCUCCAGAGACCAGAGGUUUCUUUUACAAGCAAGGCUUUCCAAAGCUCACCUCCACCACCACCUCCAAAACGCCACUGCCGGUCCCUCUCUGUUCCAGAGGACCUGUCUCGGUGCCGUUCCACCUGGCAUCCUAGCGCAUCCAAGGUUUGGACCCCAGUCAAACGUGGCUGCCAAAGUGGAGGAGCAUCUAGUUCCAGUUCUGGUGCCAGCUCUUUGCCACUUUGUGGUCCCAGUUCCUCCUUCACCUCUUCCUCCCUUCACUCAUCUUCUAGCCCUACCUUCUUUAGCUUAGCGCUGUCCUCUGACUCCCCGCUACCAUGGAACUUCUCAUGGGACCCCUGUGACAAACUAAAAGGAGCCUGUUCAGCCUCCUUUGCUACUCCUUCCUCCUGCUCCUCCUCACCAGCCCCCCUGGUUUCUCACUCAGUGCUGCAGCGCCGCUUCUCCCUCUCCCCUGUGCACAUUCAGGAUGCCUCCGUGGUGCUCCUUCCCCCCCAGCCCUCCCCUGCUUCUGCUCUGACAUAUGGCUGUUCUGGCAUGGAGCACCCAGCCCUGUCACCAUCUCCCACUUCAGCCUGCAGCACACCAUCUUCCUCUAGGCGCGACCUGCACCCAGCGCUGCCGAGAUGCCAUUCACAGCCCUGUGACAUGCGCAAACCUCGCUUGAAGAGGCGCCAUGACCCAGAUGUUCUGCCCUGCCCCAGGCCAGGCCUUGACUUCAGCAAGAUGACACAGAUUGGUAAUCACGAGAGCCUAGUGUGUGCUACAGGUGGCUGCAUUGUUGCAGCGUCUUCCCAUUCAGAGCAGCGCUCAGCCUUCUCCCCUGCCGAGUUCCUGGGACGAGCCAGCAUCGGGCCUCUAAGUGAAAGUGAAGAGGAAGAAGAAGAGGAGGAAGACAAUAAAAGAAAUAGGACUGCAAUGGAUGGAGGGCAAAAGAUUGUUUUUGAAAGAGACUGCACAGAACUGGACUUGACCCUUAUAGAAGAGAACUGAGCACUCCUUAAAGCUCUUGAGUGUGAUUACUGCAUUCAUAACUAUGUUAAGCACACCUGUAGGCUUUGUACGCUCGUCUGGCAGAGUCCUUGGGAACCUGCUGCCCUCCUAAGGCAUAUGUCCAGAAUUCAUAAUCAAGAACCAAGCAAUUAGAAGUAAAUUACAGUGUUAUGAUUGUAACACUCGAGCUAGUUCACUAUUCAACAUUUCACAAACUUGUCUCAGUGCCUGCCUAUUCAACACUCCAUAGGGAAAUGUGCAUGAGCAAAUAUGCUAGUUUCCAUGCACAUAGAAUUUUUGAUAAUAUUUCAUAUUGGUACAAGUCUUAAUUUGUGUUAACCAUCGGUAUGCAUCUUGAUAUCCUUACAUAUCACCAUCAAAGAACGCUGUAUACUGAAGUAGGCAGAAUGUGCUUAAUAUUCCCUCAUAAGUGAUUUGAAUACACAUUAAAAGCCAGUAGAAUAAUAGAACUGAGGUGGGCAUUUCUCACUGCCCCGUCAGAUACUGGUGUAAUCUACUUUUGUAUUUGACUCCCUGGAUUUGGACAUGACUGUAUGUGAGCUGUUAAAGGUGCACAGAGGUCAAACUACAACAGAUUAUUCACUCAUAUAUAAAUGCUCUCCUGUAUAAUGAACAGGAUACAUUCCAAGAUUCCUUAAACCCCUCACAGACCCUAAGGGCACAUCUACUUUUACUGCUGUUCUGUCGUGUGUUUUGCUCGUCCUUUUUGGAGUGACUACAUCAUCGAAGGGAAAAUUUUCCUGUCAUAGCAAAAAGGACAGCUCCCCUUUUGCUUGUUCUUUUAUAGAUUUUCUCUAUUGCUUGAACAUAGACAGACCUGGUCAAUAAUAAUACUGAUGAUACUGUAACUUGACCAUGCCUUAAGCUUAAAAUACAGAGUUCUUGGUGCUCUGGGCUUCUUUUCACAGCCAGAUAUCUUUUGCGAACUCCAUUUGCGCUGAUUCAGAUACUUUUGAACAGGUGGCACAUGCACUAUAAUAGUCAAUUGAAUAGCUGAAUCAAUGCUGCAGCUGGACUCCAUAGGGCACAAUGUAAUGUACUGUACAGUGGUUAGAGUGAGUACACAUGUCGAGCCAGUUCUGAGUGUAUGUGACAAAGGCGGUAGUGAUGCAGAUGAUUUGGUGGCCUUUCAGAAACGAUUUUUCAUGUGUUUUCAGAUGGAAAUAUUCCUGUUGCACAAUUUAUGUACAAAUAAAAUUUAAUAGAGAAUGAUAUUUUUUUCCCAAAA